UCAUUCUCUCUCUUCUUCUUCAUCUUCUUCGAGAGGAAUCGCGAUUAAUUUGCCGGCAUGAAUUUCUUGAAGCAUCAUUCCGUCUCUCUGAUAUGAUCAAUAUCUUAUAAGAUUUUUGAUCCGUCCAUACUUAGUUCUUCAAUUCCGAUCUGUUCAAUUCUCAAAGGAUUUGGGAAAGGUUUCAAACUUUAUGUGUUAAAGGUCAUGUCAAAUCGCCGAGUGGAUGAUGCUGAAUACAUGGCUGAUGAUAAUGAAAUGGAAGGUGUAGAUGAUGACAUGGAUGAAGAGUUCCGUGGAGAUGACAUGGAAGGCUCGGACUCUGAUGUGGAUGAAUAUGAUUACUUGAACAACAAAAUAGCUGAUACAACUGCUGCUCAAGCUAGGAAGGGGAAAGAUAUUCAAGGGAUCCCUUGGGAUAGACUGAGUAUUACUAGAGAGAAAUAUAGGAAAACUAGGUUAGAACUGUACAAGAACUAUGAGAAUGUUACCAAUUCUAGCCAAUUGGUUGAGAAAGAAUGCCAAGUAACAAAGAAAAGGGGCUUGUUCUAUGACUUCAGACGAAAUUCAAGGGCUGUGAAAUCAACGAUACUUCAUUUUCAGUUGAGGAACUUGGUAUGGGCGACGUCAAAGCAUGACGUCUACCUAAUGUCUCAUUUUUCCAUUAUUCAUUGGUCUUCACUAACUGGUAACAAGUCUGAAGUUCUUAAUGUUUCAGGCCAUGUGGCACCAUGUGAGAAACAUCCUGGAAGCUUGCUAGAAGGAUUCACCCAAACCCAAGUUAGCACCCUUGCUGUGAAAGAUAAUUUACUGGUUGCUGGUGGAUUCCUAGGCGAACUUAUAUGCAAGCAUUUGAACAGACCUGGAGUAUGUUUCUGCACAAGAACUACUUAUGAAGAUAAUGCAAUUACCAAUGCUCUUGAGAUCUAUACUAAGUCAAGUGGCGCAGUACAUUUCAUCGCUUCAAAUAACGACGGUGGAGUUAGAGAGUUUGAUAUGGAGAAGUUUCAACUGUGUAACCAUUUUCGCUUUCCCUGGCCAGUGAAUCAUACAUCUCAGAGUCCUUGUGGUAAUCUUAUAACAGUAGUAGGAGACAGUUCGGAGUGUUUGUUGGUUGAUUCGAGAAUUGGAAAGACUGUCGCUACUUUGGUAGGUCACGCAGACUUCUCGUUUGCAUCAGCAUGGCAUCCAGACGGGUUCAUGUUUUCUACAGGUAAUCAGGACAAGACAUGUAGAGUAUGGGAUAUACGUAACCUAGCGAAGUCUGUCAACGUUCUGAAGGGUAACCUAGGAGCCAUUCGAUCGAUCCGUUACACAUCGGACGGUAGCUUUAUGGCGAUUGCAGAACCAGCAGACUUUGUUCACGUUUACGACGUGAAAAAUGGGUACAAGGUGGAGCAGGAAAUCGAUUUCUUUGGAGAGAUAUCUGGAAUGUCUUUCAGCCCCGACACAGAAUCACUAUUUAUAGGUGUAUGGGAUCGGACUUAUGGUAGCCUCUUGGAGUUUGGCAGACGACGAGACUAUUCCUACCUUGACUGUAUCAUUUGAUGGACAUCCGAAAUAAAUGGGCGACUACUAUUCUUGGUUGUGCACUCUCAAGUUCUUGCUAGUAUUUGUAAAUGUUUAAAAUGGUUAGGGGUGAAAUGGUGGUUUCUUAUGGUGCUUAGUCUUGUGAGAGUUUUGAAAGUGUGAACAAACGACGACAAUUAUUGCGGAGGUUAAGAAAGAGCAAAAAAUUGUUAAAAGCCGAGGGUUCCCGGAUGGGAGGCCUUUGAGAUUUCUCUAUGUUUUUGGUAUUAUGCUAAACUUUAAUUGAAUUUCGAUACACAUAACUGAAGUGUUUGGAAAUGUGAAAAACUAUACAUGACUUUGUCCUGAAUUGAGUUUGUUCUUGUUUAAAAUGUUCAAUCUUGUUUGUUGUUUUUAGUG